AAAUCUUUUAAUUUUUAUCAUCGCAAGUCACAAGCGUUAAGCUCACAACAUUCGUCCGUGAGUGGUGGCUGAUGAGUCAUUGCGUGUCUUAUACCGUAUAAACAUAAUAAACAUAAUAUUACAGUAAUACAGUGACUAGUCACCAAAGUUGAUUCUUGAGCUCAGUGCUAUAUAAGGUGAAUGAUUCAUUUCUGACGGUACACUGUUUGCAGACUUCCUCGCAACUGAAGUUCUAGAUCUCGUCCAAAGUCAAAUAAUUCUUGUUCUCUGCUCACGUCGUUUCGUCCAUUUCCGUCGAUCUCGUCAUGGCUCAAGCUCCAUUCCUCAAUCCGACCAUCCCGUUUGUUGGACCGAUACAAAACGGUUUGAAACAAGGCACAUUACUUAGCUUUCAUGGCACAUCAUACCCGUCUUCAAACAGGGUCUGUAUAAAUUUACAAAUAGGUCCGAGUGUUGCUCCUCGAGACACCGUCGCCCUAUUUGUUGCUUUAGACUUUAACCGCAACUUGAUUGUCAGGAACUCUAUUCAAGCACAAAAUUGGGGCGUGGAGGAAACUCAUGGUCCACCUGUGGCUCUCAUUCGAGGCCAACCAUUCAAAUUGGACAUUUUGUGCGAUGCUUAUGAUUAUAAAAUAGCAUUUAACGGAUCCCAUUAUGCAGAAAUGAAACACAGGAUACCAUUUCAAAGUGUGUUUUACCUAGCUAUCGAUGGAGAAGCACAAUUUCAAAGUAUACAUAUAAAUUCUGCUGGAAGUACUCAGUUUGGUGGUUCGACAAUGCCAAUGCCUGGUAAUCCACCUGGAUAUGUGCCAAUGCCCGGACAGAUGCCAAUUCCUGGACAAAUGCCUAUGCCCGGACAGAUGCCAAUUCCUGGACAAAUGCCUAUGCCUGGAAGCUAUGCAUCUGGACAUAUGCCAUCAGCAGGUCAUAUGCACAUGCCUGGAGCUCCACCUGGAACUGUUCCACCAUAUACUUCAGGUUAUAGUGCUUAUCCUGGUCAAACUCAUAAUUCACCUUAUUUACAGAAACACACAAGUUCGCCAAUUAAAGAUGCUAUCAAUCAAGGAUUAACUAAUUAUGCUCUAACUGGACAUAUUAGCCCUCGUAAGGCAGCAAAAGCUCAAAGAAAACAGGCCAAAAAAGCUCUGAAAUAUGGUGUUCCUGUAGCUGGAGUGGCUGGAGUUGGUGUUGGUGCUUAUGCUAUGCACAAAGCACAUAAGCAUAAAGGAUAUAAACAUAAAAAGGGAUCUAAGUCAUCGAGCAGUAGUAGUAGUAGUAGUAGUAGCAGCAGUAGCAGUGAUUGAAUGAAUGAUAAUAAUUACAUAUUUUAAAGUUGCUGGUUAACAAUUUUAUUGCUUAAUAUGAAGUUUUAACUGAGUAUCUGCAUAACAAUCAUAGUAUUAUUUUUAUAUUACUCAGCAUAUUAAGAUCUAUU